AUGAGUUUCAAUAAAUUGUUUUUUGUUCCAUGGUUGUCCAUGGGAGAAGUGAUUGACUGGGACACUUCCGAACCUCCGAGUCGAUAUGUACUAGCUUUUGGUACGAAUCACUGCUUGGUUGAACAGGACUAUGACCACGACAUUUACGAGGAGUGCGGCUAUAUUGGCAGCAGGACUUUGAUCAAGUGUAAAGCUGUUCGUAAGAAGUCUGAUCUGAAAGAAAACGGUGGAGUAUGUGAACUGCACAAGCGCUUCCAUGAAUCCAUUCGGAAUAGAUUCGGUUGUGAGGAGCGUCGCUUAGCGCAGGAUUCCGGCCAAGUCAAACCCAAAUAUACUCCAGUGUUAAAUCAAGAUGGUGUUAUAUGUGAUGAAUUUCCUUGGCUCAUGCCAAGUCAUCGCUGGGAGUCCCCAUUGAUUCGUUCCGUAUUUGAUGAUGCUCCGGACGACGAUGCUAUUGCAUCUUUAAGAAACGCUGGUGUUUACACUGACAAAGACAUCGUACGUAUUCGAAAAGCUUUAUUGGAAAAACGGAUUGAUUCCUUGAAGCUUCACGCAGAAAUGGUGACUGAAAGGGCUCGGCGCCAGGCAAAUGAUCUCCUUAGCAAGAACAGAAAGUUAACUACCCUUGGAGGAUCUCAGUCCGCCAUAACUGCUGCCUGUUCUUCAAUUGACGACUAUGGUAUAAUUUCAAAAAGGAUUAAAUCUACCAAGAAAUUCGCAAGUGGAGAAUGGGUCCAGAAAUUGACGAAACUCUGCAGUUUUGGAAAGCAGUCGAGAAUUGAUGCCACAGAUAGUGAUGACUUGAGCUCAGUUGUUGGAGCGAUGGUGGAAUGUGUUGUAAAUGGCAAGACAGGCUUUUCCAGCUACUUGGAGGUCACAGCAUCCAAAGAAAUCACAUCCCCCAAGACGGGCGCCAGUAACGAAAAGCUGCAGUCUUGUUCAUCAUUGGCGGUGCCACUCUCCACUUAUUGUAUUUCACAUCAAAUGUUGGACGAACGUCAGCUCUUGUUUGUCCCCUGCAGCAUAUGUCAUCUAAUGUGUACGGAUAUCCACACUCCGCCUCUGUGCUGUAAACAUAUGAAAGAGUUGAGUUUCGGUAAUCGGAUUCUUCCAAAAGAUGUGAAGACUCUCAUCUCUCCUGCUGUUAACAUUGCCCCUGGUGUGCUGUCUAUGCCUCCUGCGCCAAAACUAAAAAGCUUCAAUGAUCCAUCAAAACCUUUGUUUGGGUUGCCACCAAACUCUAACUCAGCCCCCUUUCUAUUGGGAUCGUUGUCAGAAAGACGAGUUGCAAAGCGUCUUUCCGUCGAUGUUCACACUAAAGAGGAGGUAGAACUCCUUGCUAAGAGGUUUAAAGCUGAGGUUCCUGCGGAACUGACUGUCGCUGAAGCUCUCAAGCAAGGACAUUCUCCUGCUGUGAUUGAAGCUCUUAGGCGUGCAGAACUUCGUAGGAAUAGGGAAGAUGAAGCAUGUACUUGCGCAAGAAUUCGUCCAUUUGAGCGCGCUCAGUUUCCACCAAAGCAAUCCCUUCCUCGUCGCGUGGCUAACUCUGUUGUGCGCGCUCCUGUACAGAUACGUCGACCCACUGUCAUAGAUGGUGCCCCCCUUCACCAGUCGUCAUCCCUGCUUGUUGCACAUGCUGGACAAACGUCUGCACGUGUUCCGUCUGCGAGUGACUAUCGCCAAAUCGUACAAAUUCCUCAGCGGAGGUCUCAGCCACCUCAUCGCGUUUUUACUAAGGAGAGUAGACCAACAGCGCAGUACUCUCUUAUUUCCACAACCUCUCACCCCAGUGAUGCAAACCGGUCCGUCAUCUCAUCGUCUACAUCAUUUGCAAGUAUUGGCGAGGCUGGACACGAGGUGUUGGUAGAAGAUCGGCGCACGCCACCUCCCAAUAACGAAAAAACGCCUGGUACGGUUUUCACGCGUCCGCCGAUUUCGUCUUAUCGAAGGCAGAUGUAUCCUGGGCUACGCCAACCGGUUACUGGUCAUCGCGGUCGUGAAAUAGACGGGCAAAGGCGCCACUCUGCUUUCCCUCCUCCACCUGAUCCCCCCAUCAUCCCUCUCUCUCGAAUUUCUGAACGUCCCGCCUUUGCAAGUGUUCGAGACACCGGUAACUCGGCAGGAGUUUCGAAUGCAAAUCACAGAGAAGUUGUAACCCUUGGGGGUAGAACGGGUCCAAUCAUUAUACCAACCACGUCAAUAAGGAAUAUCCCCGCCUCUUCUUCGGGAUCUGAUGCGGAGGUGGCACCCACUAAUUCUGAACAUGCUCUUUCACAAUCGUCGAUUCGUGCACGCUUUCCAUCUAUUCUUCGGAAAGUGGAGGCGCCAAUGCCCACCGCCACUAUCCCACCAACGCCACCACCAACGUCUCAUCCUUCUCCUGCUUCUACUUCCGUUCCUGUUCCUCGUCCCAUGUUAGCACAAACUGCUGGUCAACAAACAUCUCAACCUCAACCACGGCCGCCGCCCAGUUCGCGUCCAUUACCGCCUCAUAGGUUGAUUCCGGCUCCGCGUCCAGUGCCACCGCAUCGACUCAUCAAAACACUUCCACUUCCGACGGUGCCAACGCCGAGAAAUAAAGUAAACUCGACUUCUAACAGUACGAGCAACACGCCGGAACCCCCCAAGGAACAGGACCAUACUGAAGAGCCCGUGCCAUUAUCGUCGUCAGAGAAACAAUUCGGUCAGGAGAAGAUGUUUGUGGAGAAGGACAUGGAUCCUCUUAGUAUAUUAGCAGCAGUAUCGGAAGCAGCGAGAGACGAUGCAGCGAAGAGCAUUACGACAAAAUCUCAAACACCUGCCGCCAGCGAAUCCUCAAAGGAUGGUGCUCAUAACGAAGAAGAAGAUGAAGAGUACGAAGAGGAACUGUAG